CUCAAGCGCUGGAUGCCAAAAAACACGGUGCAUCUCUUGUCGGUCCCGGCGUUCACCUUUGUGAACUAGAAGCAGUCACGGAAAAAUGUAGAUGUACUUAAUCUCGUCCUUUCGGAGCCCGUAAAUUCGAAUUACUUUCUCUCACUUGAUGCACGACAAACCUAGUAGCUGGAACCAAGUGAGUUUCUAUCCUGUCGAAAUUCAUGAUACUCGUGUACAUCAACCUGGUCUUCGUCAUCAAUUAGUAUUGAGUACAAGGACCUGGGUGUCCUUUCGAAGAAACUCACAAGUCCUGGUCGACGUCGCGUCCAAGGAUGUUGACAAGUCCUGGUCGUCGCGCGUUCUUGCUUGCGUUUCGCUUGGGAGGUCUUGCUAACCUCAGCACCACUCCGAUUCACGUUCUUGUGCGCGCUGCGGUCGCGCCGGUGGUUGAGGGCAAGAAGGAGAACACGUUUUACCCCUUCUGGGAACCUUCGGUGCAGGAAUGGUUCAAGCCGCUGGAGAAGUUCAAGGGGGCCUCCCGCCGAAACGAGGACUAUUACGGGGCCUUUCAGGUUUCGGUUCCAACCUUCGCCGAGGACGAAAUCACCCCGGACGUGGCCGCGCGCCUGGCGAUCCGCGGGCAACCCUUUGUGGUGAAGCAGAAUCUGAGUCCCUGGCCCUUCCAGAACUGGACUUGCACUGACUUCGCGAAGGCCUUUAUUGCAAGGAAAAAUCUCCCCUCCACAACAUAUUGAAAGCGCAUCCGGAUGAAAAUUUGUGAUGCAGAUUUGUGACCACAAGUCGGGUCUGUCUUGCAAGAAGGCACACGCAGGCUGCGCGGCACGUUAUGCAGGCCAUUUGUAAUGCUGUAAGGCCUAAAGGUAAAGGGUAGUGGUCUACCAUGCUAGGCGCCUACACCAAAAGGCCCCUAAUUAGGCUUCGGCUCUGCGUGCCGUCCUCUACUGCAACACAGAUUUGAUUUGUGUAUCCAAAUCCAGCAUCAGAAAUUUCGUUUUGAUAUGGGGAGGAGGGAUUUUUCCUUUUGAUAACCUUUCCGGAUGGGGACAUGCGCGACGAGUACGACCACCGCACCCGCGCGCAGGUGAAGAACCUGAUCGACGACAGCCUGAGCAAGCGCUUCAAGGAGGUUGCGAGCAGCCAGCACCUGGCCGCGGAACAGCUCGCGAACGGCGAGAAGACGAAGAUCAACGCUCCAUUUGUGUGGCACGUCAAGGACGAAGCUCCUGUGGCGGUGAAGCGCGAGCUCGGCCAACACUUCCGAAGAUUCCCGGCCACUUUUCUGAAGCCGGGAUCCGCCACCAAGCUGCUGCCGCCGGAAAAAGUGGUGAACGGCUCUCUGUUCGAUGCCGAGGCCAUGGAGCUGGUCGCGGAAGAGAACCUCUUCGAGACCAUGGAUUCCUUUUAUCAAAAAAAAAAUGAUUAUGAUUCCCCGUUCCUCGUCCCCAUUGUAGAAAAAACGAAAUUUCUGAUGCAGCUGGGCUACUUAGGUUGUAGUACACAAUAAGUCAGCUGUGGUCCUCUCUUGCAGAAGUACUACGGGAAUUAUGCGUGCAGAUACCAAAAAGCCUGGCCACAACUAGGGGCGUUUCAGUGUGCUGUUAUCCGUUUUUUAUCAUGGCGGACGCCUGCCCUUUUAUAGGCCCAGCAGUAUCGGAAGAUAUAAUCGCCUGAAGCUAAAUUACUUGUAUAUGAUGCGGCAAACAACUGCUGUUGCGCCAUUAUUUUGCACUACAGAGGUGAUUGGUGUACACGACAAAUCACGUCGAUCACAAAUGUCGAUAUACCUUUGCAGAAUGGGGCUGCGGGACUUUUUCUCGGGAUGCCUUUGAGUACUGGUUCUCCCCACCUGGGGGCACUGCCGUGUACGCGCACGCUGAUUCUUAUUGCGAGACCACCAUCUCCUGGCAGCUGCGCGGCCGCAAACAGUGGCGCGCCAUGAUGUACCCCGAGGGAGACGGCCUGGAGCACCGGUUUGAGUCUUUUGACGAGGGGCCCUACGCGGUGCCUAACCUGCCACCGGAUCUGAGCAAGAAGAAGAAGAACACAGAAAAGCGCGGCGAGAAAAUCUUUGACCCCACAACAGGGAUCGAGGUUCCGCAACACCACAUGUGGCGCCCGGAAUUCGAUUUCACCCUGGAGCCCGGAGAGAUGUUUGUGUUUUCCCCGAUAUCGAAUGCAAAUGUGUCGGGGUCUGGAACCCAUUUCUUUCGCAGUUUUUGCUUUUCCGAGAACCGAAGGGGGUGGAGCGCUCGUAGAGUAAAACAAAUUCUGCAGAGGCUUCUUCUCCACCAUGUCUAAUGCAGAAAUGCCUUGUCCUAGAGACAAAAAUCAAACAUAGAAGUUUGCAAACUAUGCAGCAGCAGCACGGAUUUGUGCCUAUUCGAGAAUCCGCAUCACAAGCUGGUAUCCUUCUAUUGGACCAGACCACAUAUUUGCAAUGCAUACCCGAACUACAUGCAUGAGACCUUCGUUGCACCCGACACGACGCACGAAAACCAUGCCACGGACUGCGCGAUUGCGAGCACCUUUCAGUGGCUUCUGCCGUACCCGACCAAAUACUACCGCGCCUUUCUGCCCCGCCAUACGAAUUCUGCUCUGCAGUAUCAAAUUUUUUUCUUGUUCCAUGAAAUGCCAUCCGUUCAGAUUUAUAAUUCGUAGAAGUUCUUGUUUCUUCUAAGUACGUAGAGUGUUGAUCAUCUCGAUGGUCCUCAAGAAAGAAUGAAUACACCAUUUUGCACCAUGUGGAGUUCUUGAUCGAGUGGAAAAUAAGAAAAACAACAGCUAUGAAGAGCAAGGGAGCUGCAUGCCGUAUCGACUUUUUCCGUUUGUCUUCUUUGGAUACCGGGAGUUCUACGAUCGACGGCAGUUUCCGAAGUUGAGCACCUCGACGUGGAUGGAUAUGCAUUGCAAAAGUAUCGUACUAGUGUAAAUUGCAUUGCAAAUUUUAUCAGAAAGAAAAAUGGAAUUUGUAAUGCUAAGUCAGGUAAAAAGGUCGGUUUGUCAUGCAAGAUUGCAAUUAGUACGAGUGCGAUAUCUUUGCACAGGAUAACGGACCAAACACGGCAAUUGUGGAAGAAGCUGACAAAGAAAGACCCAUAUCAAAUGCAAAUAUGUCUGGGUCUGGAAGAAUGCAACUUGUCAUGCUGAUUUUGGAUUCUAAAAAAAUCUGUAUUGCAUGAGCAGCAAAGAGAGUCCAAGUUUUGCUACACGGAAAGAGCAUUUGUCAUGCGGUAUAGGCAUCAGGAAGCCCUCGCAAAAUCUGUGAUGCUAGGGCAUGCAUCACAGACAUCAGGAGUCAUGCAAAAUGUGCAUGACAAAUCUGGCAAUCUUCCAGACCCAGACAUUUUUGCAUUUGAUAACCCAAGCGUGGACCACAUCUCGAAGUCCGCCUUGUUGGCCAACUUGCUGGAGUAUCAAAUACAAAAAUGUCUGGGUCUAGAAGGGCCAAACUUGUGAUGAUGCAUUUGGAUGCUAAAAAAAUCUGUAUUGCAUGAGCAGCAAAAGGAGUCAAAUUUGGCUACGCGGAGAGGGCAUUUGCCAUGCAGGAUCCGCAGCGAUAGGCGCUCAAAAAAUCUGUGAUGCUAUGGCAUAGAUCACAGACAUCAUGGAUCAUGGAAAAUGUGCAUGACAAACUUCGCCUUUUCCAGACCCAGAAAUUUUUACAUUUGAUAUGGAGCGUGCUCCGGCUGACCCCCGCGGGCGCUCGAAGUCGACGUUGCCGCAGCAGAGCAGCGACCGCUUCUCCCACAAGGCACGCGCGCGCAACAAGGAGCGCACUUACGGGGACUACAAGAGGCAGUGGCUCAAGGUGCAGGUGGAAGAGCUCUUCGGUUACCACGACACCAACGACGACGACAGAAUCACCCAGCGCGAACUGUUCGAGAGCCUGGCGCAAAUGCACGUAAUCGCGCAUCGACAGUUCACCAUCGAGCGCUUCAUUCGGAAAAACGAGGAACAGCUCGACCGCGAACGAGAAGCGAACUAUGCGAAAGGCAUGAAGUACCCCGUCUGGCUCGUGAAGAAAUGGCAGAAAAAGGAUGCGAAAAAUUAUAGCUCCCUGCGCAGUAACGGCUUGCAGGUUCCGAAGGAGUUUAGAGGCGAUGCGGCGACAGCCAGUCAAGAUGAAAAGAAGACGCGCGAUGAGCUGUAAUGUCCCUGCAUCCUUCUUGUCUAUCAUUUUUCGUCAUUUCUGUUUUACAACAAUCACGAAAGCGUUUCACAUCCGAUAGUUCUAAAACCGAAGAGGAACACGAACACCAAAAAACUCCCAACUUAAUUUUUUGCUAAUUAACGUUGUCUUCUAUGGUUGCCGCUGAUUUAACGUAUUGCAAGUAUCAAAUACAGAAUGUGCUGACCAUGUUAAAGCACCACUAUAGCCUGAUGUGAACGGUGGCCCACGCAGCUGACGUCCUACGUCCUAGGUCAGCAUAAAUAUCAGUAAGCAAAUAUGUUGAUGUUGCUCAAUAUCAAUGAAUUGAAUUUGAAUUGGAAAGAU